AUGAAAAAGACUGCUAUACUAUCUUCUACGGCCAAACCGAGCCAAAUAUAUGCAGAUGCUUUAUCGGGGUUAGAUGAAGAAGACAGAGCAAAUGUAGGCCAUAAAGAUCACGUGACAAAAACAAUUAGAAACCAACGCCGCAAAAAUAUUCCAAUUGAACCAUCCAAUACAGAAUUCGAAAUACAAAAAGCUUGGCAGAUGAGAGAAGGCAACGAAAAUGUCAUCAUCUACGACAGUGGAGCCAAUCCAUUCAACCGGAUAAUUGUUUUUUCAACAUUCGUGCAAUUACAACAAAUGGGAAGAAGUACUAGAUGGUUUAUGGAUGGUAAUUUUAGCUUGUCUCCAAAUAUUUUUCACCAACUGUACUUUGUUAGAGUUGUCUAUCUUAACCAUUAUGUAACAUGCGCCUAUGCCCUAAUGACAUCAAGAAAUCAGGCGUCAUAUGAAGAAGUUUUUAGGGCAAUUAAAGAUAAGGCGCAAGAACACAACAUAAUUUUGGCUCCAACCACUGUUAUGUUAGACUUCAAAAUUGCCCCCAGACGUGCCUUACAUGAUAUCUUCGGUGCAAACGUAGAAGUUGUAGGAUGUUUUUUCCAUUUGACACAGUCAACAUGGAGAAAGAAAGUUUUCAUUUAUUUCGAUAAAACAUAUGGUAGAGGGCCCUUCAGGAACAACAACAACAAUAAUAAUAUCAACCAAAUUAGGUUGAUCCGAAUGCCUGCUCUAUUUCCGCCCGAAACAUGGAACGUUUUUACGAUAACAUUAAAUGGUCAUGAAAGAACUAAUAACUCAAAAUAUUUCCAAGAAAGAAUGGAACGAUUGUGCAAAGACGUUAGAGAUGGCCGAAGAUCUACAUUGGAGGCUUUAAGAGCGAUAGGACACUGUAUUGUGUUAAAUAGGAAAAAUUUACCAAUGAUUUAA